AUGUUCAGAGGCGUCAACGUGGCGCAUAAGUACGUCAAUGCCGAGGGGAACAUCCUGCGCCGGUUGCUCACCCCGGACGAGUACGAUGACAUCCGACACUACGAGAUAAUCUUUGUGGAGGGCCGCACCGGCAGCAACCUUACACGCGGCUUGAAGAAAGGGAACAUCUACGUCGCCAUCACCUCCCGGAACCUGCACUUUUGCCCGAUGAAGGGCGUGGAGCGCCACGAGGUUGUUACGGUGCCUCUGUCUGAGAUCGACAACGUGGAGCUCAAGGGACACCCAGGCAAGCAGUUCUUCCACAGCCACAUCUUCGGCACACACAAGGCGAACAAGUUCGCGAAGAGGCUCAAGCUAACGCGCAAGAAGAAGUCGGAGUUCGUCGCAGAGGAGGUGGGGUCCUCCCCGGGGGAGGGGCCCGGCGAGGAAGGGAUCGGAGAGAAGAGCGGCGCCCCGGCGCCGGCGUUACCCGAGACCCAGGAGGCAAAGCCUCAGUCGUUCGGCGGGUGGGGUCGAUCCGGGCCGGUCGUGGAGUCCACGUCCACGUCCACCCCGCUCGGUCACUCCCCCGAGCCGAGAAACUUCAAUUUUUGGGAGGCGAUGGCCAACCUGUCGCCCCCCGCGCCGGGGCCGGGGCCGGUGACGGAGUCCGCGGAACCGUCCGCCGCGCCCGAGACGACGACCGCGGCGCCACCCGAACCCACCGACGCCAAACCCCUCCAGAAGGCGGGGCCGUCCUUUGACGUCGCCGCCGCGGUUUCCGCCGCCACGUUCUCGCCCCCCGAGUCUGCGGACCCUCCACCCGCCGCCUUCAAGUGGACGCAGCAGGACCAAACCACCGACUCGGACUUUGACUACGAGCACAUAAGCAUCGUGACAUACGAGAUCGGGUCGCAGGUGCAGUACCAGCUGGAGUCCGCGACGGUGAGAAAUCAGGGCAGGAUAUCGGUCCGCAACGCGGAGGAGCUGAGGGCGACGGCGCAGGCUGCGCGGGGUGAGGAAGACACGACGACGGAGUGGGGUCGGGUGCAGUCGGCGCUCGCGGAUGUGUUCCCGCGCGAGCUGCUCGCGUACGCCGCGAAGAUGAACGACGUGGAGAGCUGGACGUUCGGCGCGACGGGGAUCGAAGUCGCGGCGCAGAUGACGGAACAGACGAGUCGGGUGAGACGAGGCGAGGACGGUUCGUUGAGUUACGAAACCCCCCCGGCGUUGCCCGCCGUCCCGACCCAAACCGCGUACCAAUCCCUGGAUGAGCCGAACGAGGGACGACUGAUCGUACCCCCGCCACCGAAUCCCAUGCUCGAGAGGGCGAGGAACGGGUUGAUGCUCGCGGCGCCGCUCGCGCCCGCGCUGGAGGUUGCCCGAGCCGCUCUCGAGGCUGCAAAGGGCAUAGAGGAGGGCGGCGUCGACCCGCGGCGCGAGCCAAACUACGCGAGGGAGAUGUUCGGAACCCUGGAACUGAUGAUGCUGGCGCCCGUGGAGAUGGGGGAACGGGGUUUGAACAUCGCGAUCGAAUCCGUCUCGCCGCUGGACUGCGGCGACCUGUGCGCGGCGGCUGCGAUGACGGAGCACUUCAAGUCCGUGCCGAAGAUGCGAAAACUCGCCCUGGGAUCCAGGACGCUCUUCGACGUCACCGUCAACCGGCUGACCAAAUCGGUGAUGGAGGCGACCUACCCCAGGCCCUCGCUCGUAGCCGCCAGGCGCAAGGGGAACAACCUGGGAUCGCCGAUGGCAAACUGGAACAGGCUUUUGCACGCGGCGCGGCAGGGCGCGUCGGCGCACCGCGCCGUGCAGCUGUUCGCGUGGGUCCGCGCCGCCCUCGCGGGUGCCGAGGGUGCCGCGCACGAACGAGCGGAUAUCGUCGGCCGGUACGACAGCCUCGCGGCGCUCGUCCACGCCUGCUUCGUGUUCGAACCCGAGAAGCACCGCGCGACGGCGUUCCGCGACGCCCGCGGUUCCGACGAGCCGUUUCCGCCAGAGCCGGCGGAAACCGCGGACGCCACCAGGCUCAGAGCGCCCGCGCACGCGGUAUCCACGGGCGUCAUAGACCUCGUCGUGGACGUCCUGUACGAGUGCGCGCUCCUGACCCACCACGCGCACCUCAUGGGCGCGGGGGACGAGGUGUCUCAGCCGCCCAAGCACGUCACCGCGCACGUCGUCAAGGCGAGGGUGACGAGGCGAGCGUUUCGUCCAAAGGUGACGGCUAUGUUCGCGCGGCUCGUUAACCUGGUUCUCGACGCGCAGCAUCGGGGGAACGGCGAGGUGACCGGCGCGGAUGCGGUUCGAGCGCACAGGUGCGCGUACGUGCUGCGUCACCUCAUCGAGGGUACCGGUGACGGGUCCGUGGCGGCGUGCGUGGAGGAGGAGUACCCGACGGAGAUGAACUACGUGAUGACCAGGCCGGAGGUGAUGAGCGUCACGGAGGCUGGCGGCGACGAGUUCUUCCGCAGGCACGUCAAGCCUCACCUGGACUUUGUCCUGGCCGAGUGUGUCCCGCACUUGUUGCCGGGUAAGAGGGACAAACAGAGAGAAGAGGCGGAGGGGCUGAAGGGCAAGCAUCAGUCGGGAACUUUGAACACCAUGAUGCGAAUGGCGGAGCGAGCAGAGACGGAGGUUCAGUGA